CGCGGCGCGCGGCGGCGGCGGCGGGAGCGGCGCGAGAGCGGCUGAGGGCGGCGGCGCUGUUGCCAUGGAGACGAGCGCGCAUCCCUAUUGGCCGCGCGCGCUGGCGUUGCCGGGUUACGUGGCGGGCGCGCGGCCCGGCUGGCAGUGCGCAGGCGCGGUGGCGGCGGCGUCGGCGGCGCUGCUGGCGCUGGGCUGGGCCCUGGGCGGGGCCGGGGGCGGGGCGAAGGGCGGGGCGAAGGGCGGGGCCAGGCGGAGCCCCGCCCGCCGGCUGGUCCUGGGCUGGUUCCUGCUGUGCGCCGGCAUCCAUGGCGUCCUGGAGGGCUACUUCAGCCUCCGGCACCGCGAGCUGCCCGCCGACACCGGGCUGCUGGCCGAAGUCUGGAAGGAAUACGCCAAGGCCGACAGCCGCUACAUGACGAGCGAUGACUUCACGGUUGCCAUGGAGACGGUGACAGCCUGGGCCUGGGGUCCCCUGAGCUUCCUCACCUUCCUCGCCCUCCUGCGGCAGCACCCGGCGCGGUUCAUCCUGCAGCUCGUCGUGUCCCUGGGCCAGCUCUACGGUGACGUGCUGUACUUCGCCACGGCGGCGCGGGCGGGCUGGGCGCACAGCGACCCGCACCCCCUUUAUUUCUGGGGUUACUUCGUGGGGCUCAACGCGCUCUGGCUGCUCGUGCCCGGCCUGCUGCUGCUGGACGCCGGCCACCAGCUGGCCACGGCCCAGCGCGGCCACGACCGGCCCCGCCACAAGGCCCACUGAGGGCAGGGACCCCCCCAAAAACGCCCCCGGCAUGAGGGAGCCCCCCAAAAAAUCCCCCCGGGAUGAGAGACCCCCCCCCCCCCACGACCGGCCCCGCCACAAAACCCACUGAGGGGAGGGACCCCCGGGAUGAGGGAUCCCCCCUGGGCUGAGAGACCCCCCCGGGGCUGAGGGAUCCCCCCAGAGACCCCCCCAGACUGAAGGACCCCCCCCCAGCCCAAGGGACCCCCCCCCCGCCGAGGGAGGGUUCAGCACCAGGAGGCUCCUGGAGGUGAAUUUUGGGACCCCCCCCUCAAAAGCUCAGGGAGAGCGGUUGGAGCCCCCCCCCCCCGUGUUCCCCAUGGGGUCCCCCCCCCUCGAUUUGGGGGGGGUCUCAGCUUCAUUCUCGGGGUCCCCCCCUCAUUUUUGGGGGUCCCCCCCACGUUUUUGGGGGUGCGCCGUGGGAACGUCCCUCGUUCCUGGGGGGCAGGGAUGGGUUUUAAUAAAGGAGAUGGAAAUGGA